GCGGAGAAGAAUUAGAAGAAGAAGAAGCACGACCACUUCUCAGUUGUCCGUAAAGAGGAAGCGUUAUGUUCCUGUCACCAUCUUUAAAACAGGUCCGUUUUUCCGUGAAGAGGAAGCGCGCGUGUGGUUUUGGAACGUGUCAGUUCUGUAUCGGUCCUCUCUGACGGAUGUGGGAAGCCGCGGUCACUGUUUUGAUCUCGGUCGGUGCGGCUUUUUACUUCCGGUCGAGAGAAGCCGAGAACAGGUGUGUUUGCUUGUUCUCCGUUACUUUAUGGUGUUCGCCAGCUUCAUCGUCAGAAGAAUGUCUUCCGCUCGUCCCCGCCAUGUCAUCUGGGAGUCGGAGGGGCUGGUGGCCUACCUGCAUCCCCGACCCUGGACCCCGGGCUCCGUCAUCCUGGAGAGCAGCGCCCCCGGCGGCCCGGGAGGAAGCAUCUUCGGCCUGCGGGAGCCCGAGUACCUGUCCUGGCUGCUGGGGGCGAGAGCCGUCGCGGAGCUGCUGUGCGACAGGCUGGGGGCUCGUAGGUGUGCGCUGGUCAGCAGACCCCACGGGGACGCACCUGCCCAGAUCCGUGUCCUGCCCUUACACGGUCUGAACGCAGAGUGGCGUCCCCACCUGGCAGGAGAGGAGGAGCACAACGCCCACGACCCGGGGUACUGCACCUCCAAGACCGCCCCCAGGUGGAGCGACUCCCGCCUGACCGAAAUCAAAACCGAGAUUCGGGCCAAACUCCCGUCGCCCGACGCGCCUCCCGAUCUCACUUUCCUCGGCGGCGACCCGGCUCACCCCGGCCUGUUCCCGCGCAUCGUGCGCGGCGAGGAGCAGCAGUGGCGGGUGUGGGAGGACGAGGGUCACGUGGCCUUUCUCACACCUUUCCCCAACUCGCCUGGCUUCACCGUGCUGGUGCCGCGCCGACCGUUGACCUCCAAUAUAUUCAGACUAGACAAAGGGGAUUACCAAGGACUGGUGCUGGCAGCCCGGAAGGUGUCGCGGCUCCUUGAGGAGGCGUUAGGGGCCUCCGGGGUGGGGCUCAUUUUUGAGGGUUUCGAGAUUGACUAUGCUCACGCCAAGCUGAUACCACUAUUUCCUCCUCCAUCGUCAGGGGCAGGAAGUGACACCACUAAGCCCCGAACCCCCCGGUCGUACCCCACUUACCCUGGAUACGUGACCUCAGAAGAUGGACCUGAAGCCAGCCUGGAGAGUCUGAAGGAGAUGCACUCCAAAAUUACACAGAUUCAAAAGUAAUAAGUUGUUUGAGUCUCCCUCGGGUGUGAACAACUUUUCUGAAGAAGAAAUUGACUCUUCAAGAAAAAAAUCUAUUUUCCACAAAAGUUAAUUCUUUUUUUUUUUCAUCACUUUUACCGUCAGAAUCAUUUUUUUUUAAAGAAAACACAAACACAACCAAAUAUUUAGAACUCAAGAAAAUAAAGUUUAAAUUUUUUAGAUAAAAUAUUAACUUCAAUGCACAAUUAUUUUCUGCAUGAUUUAUUCUGUAAAAUAGAAAUUUUCAUAUAGAGAAACAUAAAUGCUGGUACAGUUACGUCUGUGAGAGAUUAACCGAUGAAUCCGUCGGUUUCAUCAAAUGUCAGCAAAUGUUAUGUAUUUAUUUUUAAUUGUAAUCUGUACAAAAAAAUAAGCAAUUUUCUGUCUGUGUAAAAUUCACUUUCUAAAAUCUAAAUAUGACUUACAAAGACAAUUCUACACUUAAAAAAAUUUUCACAUCACAAACACAACAAUGUAUUUUAAUCAAAAUAAACAUGUCAUGUGUCAUAAGUUGGCAUUAUGAUUUGUCAACAAGUCUGUCAAGAAAGUAAAAAUGUCAACAAAAAGCCAUACAUUAUUAUUAUUGAUUUUCACCAAUUAUCACUAAUGGUCUUAUAUUUUCAAAUCAUUUCAAAUCAUCACUUUAGAUAAUAGUGACAUUCUUCCUAAGAAACACCUGUGAAAUGAUGGUCGUUAAUUCACGCAGACAUUACACUGCAUAUCCCUGUUCUUUUAUUAAUUUGCAGUGUGUUACGUUUUUAGUGUGUGGCCAACAACGUGCCCGUCCUCUCACUACAUCCCUGCUAAUUGGUCCCACAGUGCGUUUCUCAUCACAAGGCUUAAUAAUUAAUUUGACUGGCUAAUUGGCUAAUCAGUGCUCUGUAAACCAGACGCCGCUCUAGGCGGGAUGAAAAGACGUGUGUGUGUGUUUAAUGAGAGGUUUAUUAAGACUUGUUUUCAUAUGUGAGGAUCAAACUCAACAACUCAAAUUAUUUAUAUUUCAUCUUUUGGAGUAUCCACUUCACCCUAAUGUUGUUUCAACUUUCUUCCAGUUUUAUUGUGUUUAAAUUAAAGUCAUCGAUACCUUUA